UUGGCAGUGCAUUGAAAAAGUUCGGUAUAGUCACUGAAUGUGAGUUUCGUUUUGCACUUUUGCUGCUUGAAUUUAUGUGAAACAUCUCAGAUUUCGCUGGAAAUCUCAACUGAAUUUCGAUGUACCUUGGAAGCUGCUAGUGGGAUAGCCGAAUUCGUUCCAACAGAUCUUCUUCCGCGGAGUACUUCAGAAUGGCUGGCAAUCGGUAUGAUCGUGCCGUAACAGUCUUCUCCCCGGAUGGGCAUUUGUUUCAAGUGGAGUACGCACAAGAGGCAGUCAAGAGAGGCUCUACAGCCAUUGGUAUUCGAGGGAAAAAUAUUGUUGUUCUCGGAGUGGAGAAAAAGGCCGUACCGAAGUUGCAGAUCGAUCGCACAGUUCGGAAGAUCUGUUUGUUGGACGAUCACGUCGUGAUGUGCUUUGCUGGUCUCACAGCGGACGCUCGAAUUUUGGUUGACAAAGCCAGAGUGGAAUGCCAGAGUCACAAAUUAACAGUGGAGGAUCCCGUUACAAUGGAAUAUAUUGCCCGAUACGUCGCUGGAAUAAUGCAGAAAUACACCCAGAGCCGUGGACGCCGUCCAUUUGGCUUAUCAGUGUUGAUGGCCGGUUUCGAUUUCGACGGUUCACCACAUUUGUACCUCUCCGAUCCUUCUGGUUCGUACUACGAAUGGAAGGCCAGUGCUAUAGGACGAAAUUCCAAGACAGUGGAGGAGUUUUUAGAGAAGCAAUAUAACGAUGACGUCGCAAACUCCGACGACCAGGUUGUCCGUCUGGCUAUUCGCGGUUUGAUGGAGGUCGUGCAGUCCAGCGCCAAAAAUAUCGAAAUCGCUGUUCUUAAACGAGAUAAACCAAUGGAGAUGCUGGAUCAUGAGAAAUUGGAAAAAAUUGUCAAUGAGAUCGAAAAAGAGAAGGAAGAAGAAGCAGCUAAAAAGAAAGCUGAACAGGAAAAGAAUAAAUAACUUUUCUUGGCGCGUAUUUUUUCAUUUUUUUGAUUUCGAAAUGUUAUGGUACUUUGUAGUUCAUGUUUAUGUCAGUUAAUCUUACUGCGUUUUCCACCGAUCUUUUACUGUUAUGAAUUUUAUGCCGAAAUUUCAAAUAAAACAUGGCUUUGCAA